AGGGGAUGUGUGUAGUAAAAGUAAUAGACGAAAGAAACUUGAAUUGCAUUAACAAAUAAUUAUCAAAAAAAAAAAACAAUUUAAAUAUUAAAUGCAUAACUAAGCUAUGCAGAAUAUUGAAUAAAUAUCAAAUUGAAUAAGAGCUGAGCGAAUUCAAUUAAAUAACGCCUUCAAGGAUAUUGAUGUGUACAUAAGUAUUUGCACAAAUUCAAUGUGCACAAACCGAAAAAGUUUAUCAGCUCUAAGUUGAGUGUUCAACAAUAUAUAUUGAAUGACGUAGCUUCUCAUUAGCAUCAUGAUAUAUCCACGACUAUCUUACAGGCUGAUUGCGCUUAUGGCUCUCUAUAUGCUGUUAAUAUUGGCAGUUGUGGGUGCAAUUUUUAUGAUAUUCCCAAUAAAUGGCAAUGAAAUCACAUUUCUCUUCAAAACCGAUAUGGCGAGUAAGCAUUUAAAUAAUGCACCAAACUGGAAAUAUCACAAGUACCCCGAACAUAUUCACAAUGGUACUAAAAUACCCAUUGUACCAACCAAAAACUACUUGCUAAAUAAUUCAGUCACCGAUGAAUUGGAUCAACAGCAGCAUAUUUAUAUUGAUGAUUUUUAUACUCCGAAUUCAAAGCCAAAGCCCAUAUAUGGUUCAUCAGACUCUAGCAGUGCUAAUGCCAAAGAGAGUGAGGAUAAAUCCGAUUUUCCUCCUGCUAUUGAAAAGCAAUUGACUCAAACUAAUGUGAAUCGGCAAAGGGCUCAAAAAGUUGACCGAGCCAACGAGUGGAACUUUGAUUAUUUUGUUAAGAAACCAACUAGAGUACAUUUUGAUGAUGAUAGCGAUGAAAAUAAAUCGUUGCAACAAAAUGAUAAUUUUGCCAGUGGCAGUGGCGAAGGAUCUUCACAAUUCGAUGCAUACAACAAAGACAACAACAACAACAAUGGGAACGAUGUCCUGGAUUCGGAGACUCAAGAGUUCAUAAAGCGCAUCAGUCGCAAAUGGCUGUCUAAGAAAUCCAAUAACACCAUUUCACGGGCCAGGCAAAAUGUUCUAAGAAAAAAAUAUCAAAUGAAAAUUCGAAAAUAUGAAGAAGCAACCAGCAAUCGACCGGUAAAACUACCAACGCCAUAUCCAUCCUUACAGCUAAGCAGGCUGCCCACUCUACCCACAUUGCCGGAGAACGGUGCCAAGUGGCAGAGGCAGAUAGUAUCACCAUUUUGGAAAACGAAUCAGAUCCGAACCAGACGCAUCAUUGCCAACGAAAAGAAGAGUGCCGAACGCUCCCGACAACUAUUAUUGUGCACCAAGGGCACGUUGGGUGGCGGCGAGCUUUGUCGAAUGCUCUUUAAGGAAACCUAACUUUUAGUAUUAACGAAUUAAUUAAAAACUAAAAUAAACAAUAGCUUAUUAUAUUUCAACUAGACAUAUUCAGGUUUGUUUCGAAUUCGGACUCCGUCUGAGAUUUGCCCAAAUGGAAUUGAUUGCUGUUCUGAACAUUUUUUAAAAGUUGCCAAAUUAAACAGAAAGAAUCAAAUAAAAUAUUCAUAAACACAUUUUUGCAAUAGUCUUUAACUUAUAGAGAAAUAAUGUAUUGAAUAUACAAUAUAUUCUUUUUUACAUUCUCAACACACAACGACUCUUUCUUAACUCGGUUUUGCAUUCGAAAUGAAAAGAUUACAGAUUCGAAAUCAUUAUAUGAAUUCGGAACAAACCUGAUUGUAUUAUAUAUAAAUGUAUGUAUGUAGUAGGCGGAUGUGUUUCGACGUUGGCAGGCCAAGGCGAAUUAGUCAUAGAAGUUAACACUAAAACACAUGAAUAAAAUAUAUAUCAAACGAUA